ACUUGCAGUUUGCACCGUCCCUAGAGGAAGACGGUCGACGCCUCCACGUCAACGUCAACAAACAAUGGCCUCGUCUCUUAGGGAAAAGCAGAUAGCCUCUCUACGGCGUAUGAUAAACCUGAAUGCUGCCACAGGAAGCACCUCAGUUGGCAGCGAUACAACCUUCUCAGUGCUCAUAUAUGACAAACAUGGCCAGGAUAUUAUCUCCCCACUACUCUCUGUCAAGGAACUCAGAGAAAUGGGUGUCACGCUGCACUUGCUUCUGCAUAGUGAGAGGGGAGAAGUACCAGAUGUGCCAGCCAUUUACUUCUGUCAGCCGACUGAAGAGAAUCUGAUCAGGAUUGGCCAGGACUUUAAUGACGGACUUUAUUCUUCUUACUAUCUCAACUUCAUCUCUCCCAUAAGCCGACAGAAGAUGGAGGAUCUGGCACUAGCAGCACUUCAGGCCGGAUGCCAGGCUAGCAUAAAGAAGGUGUAUGAUCAGUAUGUGAACUUCAUCAGCCUGGAAGAAGAUAUGUUCACACUAAAACAUCAAGGCUCUGAAGCUCUUUCUUAUUAUGCCGUCAACCGCGGUGAUGUGAAGGACUCCGAUAUUGAUCUCAUCAUGGAUUCAAUUGUUGAUAGUUUGUUUUCUGUCUUUGUGAAUUUAGGUCAGGUGCCAAUCAUUCGGUGUCAGCGGGGAAACGCAGCAGAGAGUGUUGGUGAACGUCUGGACAAAAAGCUACGAGAGAACCUGAGGGACACACGUAACUCAUUCUUCACUGGACUUGGAACAGACACAUUUGCUGCAGGCCAAUUGAGUUUUCAGAGGCCACUGUUGGUUCUGGUUGAUCGCAAUGUGGACCUGGCAACACCCCUGCACCACACAUGGACCUACCAGGCCCUCACUCACGACGUGCUCAACCUCAGCCUCAACCGCAUCACCCUGGUAGAACAGGAUCAGGCCCAUCCCACUGCACGCUCAAAGACAAAGGAAUAUGAUCUGAAUGAUGCGGAUAACUUUUGGGCCACUCAUAAAGGGAGUGCCUUCCCAGAUGUUGCAGCAGCAGUAGAGGCAGAGUUGGAGGAAUACAAGAAAGCAGAGUCUCAUAUCAAGGGACUAAAAGCUGAUCUGCCUGGAGAUGAUGCUAUUGAUCUUCUGAGUGACAAUACCGCAAAGUUAACAUCAGCGAUCACUUCCCUGCCAGAGUUGAUAAAGAAAAAGACAGAAAUUGACAAGCACAUGAGCAUUGCUAUGGCAUUACUAAACAGCAUCAAGUCUCGAAAGCUAGAUGUUUUCUUUGAGACAGAAGAAAAAAUAAUGGGCCGAGCUACUUUGGAACGACCAUUGUUAGAGAUUAUCAAAGAUCCAGAUUGUGGGAGUCCUCAGGAUAAAAUGAGGAUUUUCCUCAUCAUGUAUCUCUGUGCAGCUAACAUGACAGAUGCUGAAUUUAAUGAGUAUGCCACUGCCUUAGUUGAGGCAGAUGCGAACACAAAAGCUCUUCUGUACCUGAAACGCUGGAAGUCUCUGAUGAAGAUGACAGCAGGAGGAGGUAUGUCAGAAUAUACUGGAGGAGUGGCCAAGACUGUGUCCAUGUUCUCCAAACUUAUGAAUCAAGGAUCAGCCUUAGUUGUGGAGGGGGUUAAUUUUGUACUCAAGGAAAAUAAACUUCCACUUACAAGAAUAGUUGACCAUCUAAUGGAACUUAAAAACAGUGAGGAGGAAAAAGAGUAUCGAUACUUUGACCCAAAGCUGCUGCGGCCCGGAGACACCUCAGGAGCAGUCCCUCGCACCCGUACUCCAUUCCAGGAAGCAGUGGUGAUGGUGGUAGGAGGUGGAAACUACAUGGAGUAUGGAAACUUGGUGAGCUAUGCAAAGAAGAAGUCUGGAACCAGUAACAAGAGAAUAAUAUACGGCUGUACUGAUGUGGUCAACCCAGAGCAAUUCCUUGAUCAGCUGACAAAACUUGGUGGAGAAAUUUCCUGAAGAGAUCAAAGGAAUCAAGUGAGUGAGUGAAAUUUAUAUAUGGUAACACACACACACACACACACACACACACACACACACACACACACACACACACACACACACACCAUAAGGUAAACUCAGAUCCUUCAUAUGUAAUAUAUUAUGAAUUACCAAAACACUAUAAGCACACACAUAUUAUUCCAAGAUGAUAAUUUCCACAUUUAUUCAAUAGUGGUAAUCUUCAGUUUAUAUAUUAGGUUAUUAAAUAUUGUUGAAAUAUAGAUAUUUAUUCAUAUCUUCUUGUUUGUAUUCACUAUUAUUAAUAAAUCAUGUGUUAAUUAU